UGCGAGUGGUCGGCCGGCUUCUCUUUCUCCUUUUCCCCCUCCGACAGCAAAAUCAUUUUAUACGUGCGCGAUGGCCCUUUUUGGUGGUCGCACUGUCAACUAGAAGAUUGUCUCUCUGAACGUUGUCUGUCUCGUUUUGGUGGAACCAGCAAAGAACCGAACUCCUUUAUAGUUAACGUUGAUGUUAACAUACCAAAAAUAAGAGAUGGCAGUAAUGGAAAUAGCUUGCCAGGACCAUGCAGAUCCAGCUACUGGAUCUCCAAAGGAUCUCCUAAUGGGCAAAGGUCCAGAAGAAGUAGUAAGUGAAAAGAAAAGCAGCGUUUGCAAAGUAGAGGAGCCAGACGAAAAGAUAUUCCAUGAAUCAUGGAAGAUCCUGAAUGAUGUGAUUGCUAAAGGAACUGCCAAGGAAGACAGCGGACAAGGGAGCUUAGCCUCAAUCUCCAUCAUUGCCCAGGCAGAAUGUGAGAUAAGCCAGGAGUUCAGUCCCACUUAUUCAGAGAGGCCUUUUAUUGCUCACACAAAACGAUAUAGCUGGUCUUGCAGCCUUGAUCAAAUCCCCAAUAAUGUGGCUCAUGCAACUGAAGGAAAAAUGGCUCCAGGUUCCUGGAAAACCUUACAUCUCAGCAAAUCCCGGAAGAAACAGCGAAAGAGAAAGUCCUCCCUUAAAACAUCAAAAAGAGCAGCCUCCCUAAGUCGAAAGCCAAGGACUCCGGAGCAGGAGAGCUGUGCACCCAUACCUGUGCAGGAAGAUGACUCUCAUUUGGGAACCCUCUUCACUAUCACUUCAUGGCAUUCAGAACUGUGUAAAGAUUUCGGUUCUGAUUUCAGUUCUUUUGAGAAACCAAGCCAAGUUUUAUCUACUAGCAAGUUACACAUGAUAAAGAACCAAGCAAAGCUAGAGUUACAUAAGUUGAUCAGCCCUGCUCAGUGCUUGAGUCAUGUUUGGAAAUCCUAUACACAGGACAAUUUGGGCUCUCAAUUGGAGAUUGUUCAUCCCUCUCCUUCAAACAAAUUUCCUCCUUAUUUGUAUGGCCAUAGCUAUUUGCUUCCUGCUUUGAAACCUGGCCCUCUGAAGACUUAUCUUUUUGAUGAUCUUUCAAAUGUAGAUGAUGAAUGUUACCUUUCAGACUUGACUCUGGCGCAUAGCUUUUCCAAGUGUCAUCAGUCUGCAAAAAAUACUUCAGAUACUUUUUCUAUGGAUGAAUUUCUAGUAGAUGCACUGAAGGGAAAUGUUAUUCUUGGAGAACCAAGAAAUCUAGCUUGUUUGGCCAAGACUUGGAAAGAUGAAUCAACUUCAAAAGUGUGCCUACAGGAAAUCAAUGAAAAUGAAGGAGUGUUGCUUACAGAGAAACUUAAAGCAGUCGAUUAUGAGUACCGAGAAGAGGUUCACUGGACUAAAUCUCAAGGUUUGCUCGGCACAGGCUCUUUUGGAGAAGUGUACAAAAUGGAGGACAAACAGACCGGCUUUCAGUGCGCAGCCAAAAAGAUACAAGUUGAACACUUUCGCGCAGAAGAGUUGUCAACGUGUGCUGGAGUGACACAUGCCAAAGUCCUCCCAUUAUAUGGAGCAGUGAAAGAAGGCCAGUGGGUUACUAUCUUCAUGAAACUGAUGGAAGGUGGGUCACUAGGCCAGCUAGUUAAGCAGUGUGGAUACCUACCUGAGGACAGAGCUCUUGAUUAUCUCAGCCAAACACUGGAGGCCUUGGAAUACCUCCACGCCCACAAUAUUCUCCAUGGAGAUGUAAAAGCUGACAAUGUCCUUUUAUCUGGUGACAGAAGCCAUGCUGUUCUCUGUGAUUUUGGUCACGCAGCUCAACUUCAUCCAGAUGGCAUAAGGAACUAUUUAAUGACAGGAGAUUACGUCCCGGGCACUGAGACCCACUUGGCUCCUGAAAUCAUAAUGGGGAAGCACUGUGAUUUCAAGAUAGACAUCUGGAGUAGUUGUUGUAUGAUGCUGCACCUACUGAAUGGGUACCAUCCUUGGAUCAAGUACUAUAAUCAUCCUCUGUGCCUCAAAAUAGCCAAAGAACUACCCCCUCUGAGAGAAAUUCCCCCCUCCUGUCACCCAUCCACUGUUUGGGUCAUUAGCUCUGGCCUUGAGAAAGACCCUACAAAACGAGCUUCUGCAGCAGAGCUAAAGAAGAAAACCUGCAUAGCACUUAAGCAAGUGGGAGGACUGAAGAGUUCCUUGAGUGGUGAAUACAGAGAACCUAGAUGCCUGCAAUCAACACAGAAAGCUAUUCUCGCAGAACUAUUAUUAUCCAUACCUGAACUCCCGGAUAGCCAAAAGGUGUUGUCUAGGAGCCCUAGACCUCCGCUGCCAUGUCAGGAUCUGACUGAGAGAAAGCAGCUAAUUAACCCAGACAUGAGCAAGGAAUUGCUGCCACCAUGUGACUCCCUUCUAUCAUCCUUCCUGGUACCAGCCAGUACUAGGAAAUACAACAUGACAGAGUGGAGGACUCCCAGCAUUGACCACGACCUUCAGCAGCUGGAGUUUGAUCUGAUUCUGAACAGCCUCUCUCAACCCUUUUCACUGGAAGAACAGGAACAAAUGUUGUCAUGCUUCAGCUUGGAUAGCUUCCUCGCAUCAGAUGCUAGUGAAAAGGGUUCAUUGAAAAUAUCCCACAGUCUGAAGGACACCAUGAGUUCAGGUGUACAUUCCUGGAACAGCCAAGCAGAUGGCCAGAGCACCAGCUGGAACAGCUGGCUGAAUCGUAGCAGGAAUACAGAUAUGCCCACUUAUGUUAACGGGGUGAAAAUUGAGAUCUGCUUGCUUAGUGGGGAAAGCCUCCACAUCAGAGAAUUCCGUGGAACUAAGGUGGGAGAUGUUGCGACUGGAAUCAGCAGCCAGAUACCAGCCCCUGCAUUCAGCUUCUUCACAAAAGAAGGCGAUCCUGUUCAUUGUGAUAUGGCAGUCCCUGAUUCAGGCAUUGAACUUCAGUGCACUUUGGCUCCUGAUUGCAGUUCUGGCUGGAAAUGGAGGGUCAAACAUGGUCAGUUAGAGAAGCAGCUGUAAGGUCUUUUUCCUCCUCACAUCUUAUAUCGAAGCAAAUGUGACUCUGCAAAAAAAUCAAUGCAGGAAUUUGUUGGUGACAGCUGCCUGCCAAAGGAGAUUAUAGGUUCCUUCUCUGCUUCUUUGCCACAUCCAGUGCCUAUGGAAGGUGUUGUGGGAUGAACUUCUAUGCAGAAUUUAACAAAAUCGACCUCAGGAGCUUGGAAACAUCCUUCCUUAAUCCCACUAUCAAGGACUAUCCCAAUAGUGCCUUUUUGGGGGGGAGAAUCAUCUUUUAACCUGCCUUUUUUCAGUCUGCGCACUGAAUAUGGCUUUUGAAUUCCUUGGAGGAAUGUAUGACCUCCAGAUAGCCAGUGUGUAAUGAGUGCAUAACCAACAUAUCUGCAGAAGCAGUAGCUUCAUCACUCACAAAGAAACUCUUUUACUAUGUGUUAUCUCAUUUACUUCCUGUACAAUUUACAGCAAGCAUGUUCAACUCACAGUCCAUGGGCCGCAUGCAGCCCUGGAUAGCUGGUACACACCUGUUUUACAGAGUUAAAAUUGCAUGCUUAUCAGGAAAACUACCAGUCUGAAUGCAAAUCGUUUUUUAAGAUUAAACAAAUCACACUUUUCAAGAGAGCAUUAAUUUUUAUUUUUUUAAUAAUCCUAAAUCAGAAAGAAUCACAUCAAUCUAUUACUGUUUAUGAUAUAGAAGUAAGCCCCCUUGAAUGAACCAAGGCUUACUCCAGUCUAAAUGCUUAUUAGUUUCAUAUCUAUGCCAAGGACAGUUUGAAGCAAACAUCUAAACUUGAGAUAGUUUAAGCAAGUCCUUAUAGUCUUGUUUUUAGUUGACCAGAUUGAUUUUAUUCGCUUUGGUAGGUUUUGUGUGAAGAACUCUGGUCAUGUUAAUAAAUAUCAUUGGACUAGGGUAUAAGAGGAAUAAAAUAGAUGGUAUAUAGUCAUCCUUUUCUCUUGAUAGGUGCAAAGAUCUCUCAUUCACAAAACCUCAUCUGGAAUGUUCUAAGUGAUAUCUGGAGUAUGUUCACUCACAAUUGUUUAUUGUUGAACUUUGAAAUUCUAUAGAAAAGAUAAAUCCAAUUGAUUUAUCUUUGGUUUAUAAAUUGGGGGGUGGGGGAUUUAAAAACAUGUCUGAUUGUUAUCCCUCUUUCUCAAAGAAAAUAACAUUUGUGUUUGAGAGCAGGGGACCAGCCUGAAUUUAGUUACCUAAAUUUCAAUUAAAUUUUCAUGAUUUUCUACUUCCUCUUCCAAAUAUGCAUACUUCUUUACCAAGCAACCAGCCAUUCUGGAGGGCAGCAUCUUUUCAAACCAUCUUUUCAAAUGUAAUUCCUAGGCAGUUGGAGUGAAUGUGUAACUUUCAAAAAUUCAGCCGUAUAGCAACUCUAAACUCUAUAAUAGUAACAGUAACACUAACAGAGUUGGAAGGGACCUGGAAGGUCAUCUAGUCCAAUCCCCUGCUCAUGCAGGAGACCUAUACUAGGGAUUCGACUACCAAUAUUUCUGAUUGUUUGGAGUUUGGAGGCUGUGCGAGUUUGGAUGGGGAGAAAGGGGCUCCGACUCAAUCCCUCCAAGACCGAGUGGCUGUGGAUGCCGGCGUCCCAGUACAGUCAGAUGGUUCCAUCACUGACUGUUGGAGCCGAGUCAUUGGCCCCUGUGGAGAGGGUCUGCAACUUGGGCGUUCUCCUGGAUGCUCGGCUGUCGUUAGAAGACCAUAUGAUGGCCGUCGCCAGGGGAGCUUUUUAUCAGGUACGCCUGAUACGCCAGUUGCGCCCCUUCAUAGACCAGGAUUCCUUGUGCACGGUCAUUCAUGCCCUCGUCACUUCCCGCCUGGACACUCUGUAACACUCUCUACAUGGGGCUCUCCUUGAAGGGCACCCGGAGGCUCCAACUGGUCCAGAAUGUGUCUGCGUGGGUGAUAGAGGGAGCUGCUCGUGGCUCCCAUAUAACACCUCUCCUGCGCAGGCUGCACUGGUUACCGGUGGUCUUCCGGGUGCAAUUCAAGGUGUUGGUAAUCACCUUUAGAGCGCUCCAUGGCACGGGACCGGGUUAUUUACGGGACCGCCUGCUGCCACCGAUAGUCUCCCACAGACCUGUGCACUCCCACAGAGAGGGUCUUCUCAGGGUGCCGUGAGCCAAACAAUGCUGGCUGGCGACCCCCAGGGGGAGAGCCUUCUCUGUGGGGGCACCCACCCUCUGGAAUGAGCUUCCUCCAGGGUUACGAUUACUCCCCGACCUCCGGACCUUCCGUCGCGAGCUCAAGACUUUUUUAUUCCACCGUGCAGGGUUGGCCUAAGUUAUUAUCGUUUUAAAUGGGGUUUUAUUAUUGUUUUAGCAUAAUUUUUAAUUGAUAUUGGCGUAAUAGAAUUAGAUUUUUAUACUGUAUUUUAAGUCUGUUUAUAAAUUAUGUUUUAUUGGCUGUAAACCGCCCUGAGUCCUUCGGGAGCAGGGCAGUAUAGAAAUUUAAUAAAUGAAAUGAAAUGAAAAUUGACAAGCUCAACAUCUUAGCCAUUGAGCCACCUAGGAGCCAUUUCACAUCAGGGUUAAACAUCUUCAUUUCUGACUUGACUUCAUUAUUGGAUAAUAAAAUUCGUCUAUUGCUACUUUCACUGGCUUCUAAAUCUACUGUAAUUCUAAACAAGUAGAUUAUUUUUUAGAAGCUUGAAGAUGUGCCUUAAUAAUUGGUUGUUUCUUAAUUGUUAAGAGGCUUUUGUAGUCUGGCCUAUUAGAAGUUGUACUGCUGCAUUUAAAAUCUUGCCUGGAUGUUCUGCUAAUUUGAUUGUAGUUGUGCUCUAAGAGGCAAUAUCUUCCCAGUUGGUACAACAGAAAGCUGAAAUAGGCCACUGAGUGUUUAUGAUUGUAUGUAAUUUCAGUUGUCUGAAGUUCAUGUUGAGGUCCCUAUUUAAUUCUGCGCAAAAUUAAAUAUUCAGAAUUGGAAUAAUUGCUCUUGCAAUUCAGUAACCUAGUGAACUUAUGGAGUUUCGUGGUUUACAAAAUUGCCACAAGUAUUGGGAGACACUAGGGUUAAAAUAUCUCCUCAGGACCAUGAUGGCUGAUGAAAAGGGCAAGCAGCCUCCAAUUUUGCUGUUGAAAACUUAAAUUUAUAAGUACUGUUUGGGACUGCAAUCUGUAAAAUCAUUUUGUAGUGUAUUCUCUCAGUAGCUGGUAGAGUUCAUUUGAAAGAAAGAGUUUUUUCAAAAAAAGUGCAACACUUCAUUAUAAAGAAUAAGAAUUAGUAAAACAAAUUUACUUGAUAUUACUUCAUUGUGGGCAGCAGCAUUGUGGGAGCAAGCAGCAGGAAAGAGUUGACGCGCUAUUCUGGGGAACUUCCAAGGCAUCCGGCUCCAUUGUUCCUUCAGGAACCUGGUUGCUUUUAUUGAAGCUGAAUCAGCUGAUUUGGAGAAAUGCCAUGUCUUUCAAAAUGUCUUUCUCCCGGUUGCUUUUAUCCAGCCUGAACAGACUGAUUCGGAGAAACGCCAUGGAAUCCUCACAUCAAAUCUGACUUUCUUUUCGAUUUGACUGCAGGAGGCUCAAAUAAAGUAUUCUAUUAAGGUCACCUGGGUAGGUUUCUCGACAAUAUACCAUAUUUUUCAAAGUAUAAGACGCAGCUUCAUUUUUGGGGAGGAAAAUGGGGGGGGAAAUAUCUGCCUACCAGAUACUCAUCUGGCUAGUGUCCUUAGUCUGGUCAGCUUCAGCACAUUAGUUUGCUGGUUUUAUCCCUUGCUUGGGGAUAAAAAACAGCUUCUGAAGCACAGCUGAAAGGGAGCAGCAAUGAGAAAAGCAUGAAAAGUGUGGAGAUCCCUUCACUCGCUAGCACCUUGUUAGGGCUGAAAAAAAGCUUCUAAAACACAGCUGAGAAUCCACACAGAAGAUUGCUUCACUCACUACUGCCUCAUUAGGGCUGAAAAAAAGCUUCAAAAAACUACAUUCAGAGUAUAAGACGCACCCAAAUUUUCAACCUCUUUUGGGGUGGGGAGUGCGUCUUACACUCUGGAAAAUGCGGUAUUUGUCUUGGCAAUAAUGUUGGAGCUGAAAGGCAUUUUUUGUGACUGAUGAUCAGUCUGAGCCAGGUUCUGAGCUAGGGUCUCCUUGAGAGCAAGGGCUUGGUUGAGUUCUCUAAGCUCCUUUGAUGGCUGAGCUAGCAGGAGGACAUGCUGAGCGGUGUAGUUUUCUCAAAACAGGAGUUUCCAGUUUUACUGUGGACGUUGAAUUGAUUUUCUCCAGCAUCUCUGGAGAAUGACUGGCUGCUUCAUUUUUCUUGAGAAGUGAAUGGUGUUUUCCCAUCAGAGAGUGAUUUUCUACAGGCUCACCCCAAAGCCUCUAGGCGCGGCUCCAAAAGGAUCUUGAAAAGGAAACCAUGGCGGAUCUGCCCCUCGCUCACCCUUAUCUAUAUCUGGAUAGAUAAGUAAAUUCUAUUUUUCGCUGUCAGGUAGUUUCAAGUUGGAACUCAAGGAAUGAUUUUAAAAAAUUAUAGAGAAGAAACUGGCUGCAGAGCCAGUCACAGCUGUCAAUCUAUUUCUAACUGUAGAUAACAUUUUUUUAAAAAAAUACAAAUUGCCCGCUAUAGAUUGUACAGCUUGGAGAGCUUAUCCAUUCUGUUUGUGGAAAGGAAGCAGCUCCUAGUUACCAAUAAAUUUCUCUAAGUGUUCCUAAAAAUAUCAUCUAUGGGAAUCUUGACUCUUUCAAGCACUUUUCUUAAUUUGCAACAAUGGCUGACAUGAUCCAAUCAAAAGAAAAAAAAUGUAGCAAUAUGAAGUAUCUAUAUGCAGCGGGAAUAAACUACUGUUACAUUUAGAAAAAUCUGAAAGUUUAUCGUGAUAUCUUAGGUAUCUGCAGCUGUAAUCCAGGAGUCUUUCCUCUCCAAUUCUUAAAACAUUAAUCUACCCUGUUUCCCCCAAAAUAAGAUAUGCCCUGAUAAUAAGCCCAAUUGGGCUUUUGAGCACAUGGCAAUAAGGCCAAGCGCUUAUUUCAGGGUUCAAAAAAAUACAAGACAGGGUCUUAUUUUCAGGAAAACAUGGUACUUGCAGCAUAUUGAUUUCUGCAAAUGAAGUAGCAGACCCUAAAUCAAGAAAUAGGGAUCUAGAUUAAUGUACAGAAAAUUGAACUAUUUUUUCUUCUUCAUGCAUACUUUCUCUAUUGUUUUGUUUUUUGGUAUAAAAAAGUUAUUUUGUCAGAUUUACAUUGCGAUGAUGUAAUGAUAGUGAGCUCAUAGAUCAUAUUAUGUCUCUGCAGUUCUUUUUUACUGUGAUAUAUAAAUCAACUCUGUGUAGCAUCAAGUCAAGCCACAAUGGCAUAUUGAACAAAUGAUGAAAAUCAUUUGGUCAUAGUGUUUAGGGGCACUAUAUGAACCGAGCCAUUUUUUUAAACUAGAGAAUUUAGGCUAAAAUAUUAGUUUUCUAUAUGAACUUUCUAUUCGGAGAAUUUAUUAACUUCCUUGCUUCCAGUGUUUAAACUGUUAAAUAACCAAUUGGCUUGCAAAAAUGAGCUUAGAAGUUUGUCUAUGUUUUUAAUGUUAAAAUUCUAUUGGUUUUGAAAAAGCCAAGAGAUGGAAUGCUAGAAAGCCUCAGCCUUACAGCCUUUUAUCUUAGAUACUUUCCCCUCCAGUCCAGCUUCAGAAAUACCACAAAAUUGGUAUUUUAAAAUGAAUAGAAUGAAAGAAUUAUUUGGUACAGCUCUUUAGACUGGAGUUGCUUUUGCCAAAAUCAGAGUAGUAACCAGAGUGGCCUAAAGAUCCUGCCAAACUGUGUCCAAACUUCAAUUAAAAGUGUUCAUUUUGUUGUUUUCAACUUAAAAUAUAUAUUUUAAUGGAGGGGGGGAGAGGGAAAAGUAAGAACAUAGAUAGAUUUUAAAUGAAACUCACUGAUUAUGUUCAUGUGAUGCACUGAACCACAAACUUGCCAGCUAUAUUUAGUCUGGUGUGUUCUGAAAAGAACUGCGCUGUGUUAGUUUAGGGUUCAGUGUGCUAUUUCAAUCCAGAAAAGUAAAUUUGAUUAAUUGUGGAUAAUCAUGUUAUACAAGCACAAUAUACAUUGUCUGUGAUUCUGUGAAGAUUAAGAAGGAGUGAUGUUAUUUUUAACUGUCAAUGAAGUUGUAAACCCGAAUGAAGCCUAAAUGUACCUUUUUCAAUCAAGAAUAAAUCACAGUGCCUUUA